AUGUUAGAUCGCACGAAACAAGCUUUUAUAUGUCCUCAUACUACGUGUAAAUGUUCGGCUGUUUCUGAUACAGUUGGUUUUAAAUUCAAAGGCUGGGAUUUAUCGAAUUGCAAAUUUUGUGGCUGUACAAAUGCGGCGAUGGCUAACUGUAAACAAGCAUGUAUCGAUACAGUUAGCAAUUAUGCGAAAAUGGGUUGUGGAAAAUUAGUGGGUGGAAGUUAUGUUGUACCCAAACAUGAUGCUGGUUCUUGCAGUAAAGGAAUUCAUGAAACAAAAUUUAAAUGUGCAUCUUAA